AUACAGACGCGUUACAAAACGUCAAACAAACACUUUGAACUUCAACCCAACCUAUGAAAUCCAUUAACAGUUCGGCCGAUGAUGAGCAGCAUCCAGAUGAGUGUCAGCGGUGAUCUGCUGCGGCGGUUUCUGGAUGCAGCGUCCACAGGAGACGUGCAGACGGUGUCGCUCAUGAUCUCUCAGUCCAGAGAGCUGCUGAACCGGCGAGAAGAACAGGGCUGGAGUGCUUUAAUGCUGGCCGCCAGAAAUGGACACUAUGAUGUGGCCAAAGUCCUGCUGUCCAGCGGGUGUGAUACAAGUGUCACUAACCGGUCGGGUCAGACGGCUCUAGACGUGGCUCUGUUCUGGGGUCACAGACACAUUGCCCGUCUGCUGUCCAGCAAUCCGGAUCAUGACCUCCGUCAGCUUCUUCCCAACAGAGGCGUGGAAGACCCGGACAUUUACUUCAACAGAGAGAUCCUGGACCGAAUGAGCGACAAACGCAACGACGCCGAAUGGCUGGCGGCCAAACGAGCUGCUCCAGAGACCGUGUUCCUGCUCUUCCACGCUCUGAAUCCUCUGGUGUGUUCUGGAGCGGAUGAGGACGUGGAGGAGGUGAGGCUGUGCAAACUCAGAUCCGCCGCGGUGCAGGAGCUGCUGACAAACAGCCAGACCAUAGAGGUUUUCUUAGGAGUUAAGAAGCAGGAGGACGAUGGGCUGCUGGCGUGGUUUGCUCUCAGUACUGAAGACGAUCCUACUCAACUCCUCAAAGAUAAAGAGCCCAACAGUUUCUUCCUUCAGGGAGCCAUGCCGGGACUCCUGAGGAUGAGCGACGAUGAUGCUGGUGUGGUGGCCCAGGCGCGAUCUGUCCUCGCGUGGCACAGCCGUUACCGGUUCUGCCCGACGUGCGGCAGCGACACCAAAGUAGAAGAGGGCGGCUACAAGAGGACCUGUUUGAGAGCAGGCUGCAAGAGUCUCCAGGGCGUCCAUAACACCUGUUAUCCCAGAGUUGAUCCUGUGGUCAUCAUGUUAGUCCUCCAUCCUGAUGGGAACCAGUGCCUGCUGGGACGCAAGAAGAUCUUUCCUCCAAAAAUGUUCUCGUGCCUCGCCGGCUUUGUGGAGCCAGGGGAGACGCUGGAGGCGGCGGUGAGGAGGGAGGUGCGGGAGGAGAGCGGCAUUCAGGUGGGACCCGUGCAGUACCUGUCCUGUCAGGCGUGGCCCAUGCCCUCCUGUCUGAUGAUUGGCUGCCACUGUGUCGCUACGACGACAGACAUCAAAGUGGACCAGAACGAAAUCGAAGAGGCGCGCUGGUUUACCCGACAACAGGUGAUGGACGCUCUUGUGAAAGACAAGCGGGCUGUGUUCAUCAUGCCGCCCAGACAGGCCAUCGCUCACUACCUGCUCAAACACUGGACCGGCUGUAACGCAAACCUCUGAAUUGGGGUUAAAAUGCUUCUUUACGGUUCAUAUGAGAAGAUGUAUUAAUCAAAUUGAUUUAAUCAGCAUCUUCUGUGUGAUGCUUUUUAGAUUAUAGAAGAUAAUGCAGCAAUAUAACUCCAAUUAGAAUCAUGAUGCAACAGCAAAAUGUGUUUUAUAUCCUUAUAUUGUAACAUUAUCUUUACACUGUAUUGUAAUCAUUAUGAGCACAAAUUGAAAUUGCAGCGUGACAUGUUUAUUGUGUCUGUUUAAGUGAAUGCAUGACAUUAACCAAAUGCAGAACAUAUUAUAAUAUCUGUAUAUUAUUGCUGUAAGGACAUUAUUUUGACACUCUCAUUUAUGAUUAAUAACAGAAUAAUAUUUCCUGAUUGUAACAUUGAAACAACCAUUUCCUCUGAAUCUGCUUUGAAACAGUAUGUAUGGUGAAAAGCACUAAACAAAUAAACUUGAACUAAUUGUAUUGUUUUCUCCAGUGGACACAAUCCUCCCAAUUCAUUCUAUAUUGUGUUGCUGAUGGUUUAACAUAUGUGACCCUGGACCACAAAACCAGUCUUAAGUCGCUGGGGUUUAUUUGUAGCAAUAGCCAAAAAUACAUUGUAUGGGUCAAAAUUAUUAAUUUUUCUUUUAUGGCAAAAAUCAUUAGGAAAUUAAGUAAAGAUCAUGUUCCAUUAAGAUAUUUUGUAAAAUUCCUACUGUAAAUGUAUGAAAACUUAAUUUUUGAUUAGUAAUAUACAUUGUUAAGAACAUUAUUUGAAGAACUUUAAAGGUGAUUUUUUUUUGCACCCUCAGAUUCCUGAUUUUUAAAUAGUUGUAUUUCGACCAAAUAUUGUCCUAUCCUAACAAUCCAUACAUCAAUGAAAAGCUUAUUUAUUCAAAUCUCAAUUUUGAAAAAAAAUGACCCUUACGACUGGUUUUGUGAUCCAGGGUCACAUAUGGCCGAGAUACGACUAUCUGAAUAUAUGGAAUCAGAGGGUGCAAAAAAAAAAAAAAAAAAAAAUCUAAAUAUUGAGAAAACCACCUUUAAAGUUGUCCAAAUGAAGCUCUUACUAAUGCAUAUUACUAAUCAAAAAUUAAGUUUUUAUAUAUUUACAGUAGGAAUUUUACUAAAUAUCGUCAUGAAACAUGAUCUUUACUUAAUAUCCUAAUGACUUUUUGGCAUAAAAGAAAAAAAAAACAAUAAUUUUGACCCAUACAAUGUAUUUUUGGCUAUUGCUACAAAUAUUCCCCAGUGACUUAAGACUGGUUUUGUGGUCCAGGGUCACAUAUAUGCUGCUUCAUACAUGAUGUAGACUGUUGCAAACAGGAAACACAAUGACUGUGACAUUACACAAUACUGUAACUGUGAAAUACUGUGAAUACAGCACAGCAUAUUUCAACAUGCGUUUGUCAAUGUUUUCAUUAUUUACAGCCUUAAAUCAUGUUUUGUACAGUCCUUUACAGCAGUGGUUCCCAACCUUUUGUUCUUUGGUUCUCCAUAAUUUACUGGAUAAAGAUCAAGGUUGUAGAUUUUUUUUUGACCAUAUUUUUACUCACAAUUUCUACAUGAGAAAAGACUA